ACACACGCCGUACUGCGCACGUGCCCGUUCGCGAGUGAGUGAUAUUUGAUCGUUGAUAAGUUUAAAGCUAAGAAAGUGCAAACAAAAACCCUUACACACAUCCACACACUCAGUGUUCAUCUAGAGAAGCAGAGAGUCCUCGUAACACACCGUUAUACCAGUUCCCGAGCACCAGCCCACCGGAAGCAAAAAUGGCCGCUUUCGUCGCGAAGCAAAUGGUCGGCAACAAGCUGAACGCCGUUAAAGGAGCUGCUGGAGGCGCUGUUGGAGGUGACGGAGGCGACGAUGAGAACGACAAAGAGAAGGAAGAGGAGGCAGAGCGCGAGCGCCAGGAGGCGAUCCGCGAGGCCGAGGAACGACGCAAGGAAAAGCACCGCAAGAUGGAGGAGGAGCGAGAGAAGAUGCGACAGGAAAUCCGGGACAAAUAUAACAUAAAGAAGAAGGAGGAAAUCGUCGAACAGGCGCCCCAGGAAGAACCGAAUCCGCUGAUGCGGAAGAAGAAAACGCCCGAAGAGCUCGCGGCGGAGGCGGAACAGGAGGACUUAGACGACUUCACAAAGUUGAAAAACUCCAUAGAGACGCAGGUGAACGAGAUCAAAACGCAAAUCGAGGGCAAAUGCUCCCUGCAGUGAUUGUGCAACGUGCCGGGCGUUCUCUACCAACCAAGUAUUCAGUAAUAUAUGACGACAGCAGCCAUGACACCGUAAUACAGGCACACCCACACACACACACCGACUCUCAACAACACGCCCACUCCGAUCGUACAGUGCUGCCAAAAACUGGCAUCAUCCGGCUGGACGCGCCUACACACAGGUGCCGGAAAACUGCUGCACUGCAUGUCGACCGGUUUCUCGGCGGCUGCCAAACCAAACGAAUCAAAGCGAUCAGCGAUCCUGGCAAAUGCAUCAAGCGAUCGACGAUCGUGAGUUGACGCUCGAGAGACGUGGGAGAGCACCACCGACGAGACGGGCAGCAAUGGCGGAUGCGGCAGAGCAAUAAAUGGCCCCAGCCGGUGGAAAAUCCGGAAGCAAAGGGCUGCAGCAGCGGGCUCGUGCCACAUCGACAUCACACCGGGCCAUAUGAGCACACAUACCCAUGUACACACACACACACACACGCAUACACAGAGACUAACGACAUGGCGCAGCAGAAUGAGGAGGAAAACCAGCAAAGCAGCAUACGACGGACGGACCGAGAGACGCGUUUGCACCGUACGUUCGAGCGCCAUUUCCACCAUGAAGGGGGUAGCGUUUGUGAGUAGUAGAUACAGCCGUUGCCGUAGCCGGGCGGCGGGUAAUAAAGGAAUAAAAAAUAUAUUCAAACACAAAAAAAAUUGUUAAAAAAUAUUAGGAGCUCUUCUUAGGUGCGGUGAUCGGAGAAGAAGUAAAAUUAGUAGUGCAAGAUACACGUCAACCCAGAACGCGUGAAUGAGAGAAGGGCGAGAGCGAGAGAGGUUAAAAAAAAUUGAACUUACAUCAGGCAACAAAUAAGCAAAAAUUGUGAUUAAUCUCAAAGCAAAAAAAAACGGUAACAAAUAGAGGAAAAAAGAAACCCAAAACAAAACGAAACAUAGACGAAGAAGAAGUGGGAAAAAAACGGAAGGAGCUAUAAAUUGAAGGAAUCCCACCCCCAUAAAGAAUCAUCCCUCUCUCCCUUCUGGAGGGUGAAAACCAAUUCUCCCCUCCCCCUUAUGAAUAUAAAUAUAUAUAUGAAGCCCUAGGAAAAUUCGUUAUUGCAACGCGAUCGUUAUGUUUGGAUCAGAAGCUUUUGCGCGUUUUGUGUUUUUCGUUUCCGUUUGUUACUCGUAGGGGGUGCAGGACCAGAAAAGGACCGCACUCCAGCUCCGGCGCAAAUAAACAAAACAAAAAAAAAAUACCGAUCGGUUUCAGUGCGUUGCCGCUUCGGAUUUCGCGGGUGUUGAUUUCGAGCACGGAAAUCCCUGUGGCCGGUUCGCGCUCGCGCGUUUUUCUUUCACGCCCCCCACUAUAACGCCCACCCACGCCUCCCAAGCGCCUGCAAGGUGGCUUGAUUGAUGGAGGAGGGAGCGACGCACUUCUUCCGCUUCUCUUCGGCGACUCUCGUCGUCUCAUUGUCACUCUUCCCCGCUCGCGCAUCACGAGGCGAAUGUUUGUGAUAGAAUGUUAUCCCAAAGUGAUAAGAAAAAAAGGAAUACAAAACAAAUAAAGGAUACAGCCCGAACGGCUGGCGGCUAAAAUUGACACCCCUUCGUGGGGUGGGAAACGAUGAAGAGCGAACCAGCCCGCGAUUGUUCGUCGCGGUUUUCCGGUUCCUCGAUUUAUUCUAGCUCAUCUUAGUGAAGAGAAGAACGAACACAUACAUACAGUCACACAUCCACACCCAGAAUCCCGCGUAUGAAGGCAUUUAACGGCAGUGAGACUAAACAAGCAAAAAGGACAUAAGCAAACCGAACGAGAAAAAAAAAACAAAACAAAACAAAAAUCCCGCCUCGAAACCGAAACGGAAGCAACGGUCAGUAGCGCUUGUGCUUGUGCCGGCGGACGGUACACUUCGUGUUAGUAAAAUCAUUGAAACAAACAAGCAAAAAAAAACAUACAAAAAAAACAUAUUUUUCGCGUUGUCUUUUUUGAUCGUUAGCCCAGUUGAUUGAAAGCG